GUCGCCAUCACACAUUUAGCCGGGGAAUUAAAUUGGUAGCCAUGAAAUUUGUACAUAUCAGUAGGAGUUCGCUCCCCUAAAAUCCAGUUAUCUUGCAAAAUCUAUCAAUCUUUCGCUUCGUCUAAGUUGAAAGUCUUCUUACGUUUCCAUUUUUCUCAAAUUGAGAUGGCCCCUUCAGUGAUCGAAGCUAUCUCUGAAACCACUCAUGAUAUUCGCGAAAAGAUCGCACCUCAAUUAUCAGACAAAACUGAUAGCGAUGCCGCCAAAUCUCAAAAAACAUCAAGCAUUGAGAAACUUGCACCUUCUGUAGUGAUCCCUACUGUUGCGACUCAAGAACCACACCGAGAGCCGUUAAACCUUAGUGGCGUUCUGGAUCAAUUUGAAAGUUUCGACGUUACUCCAAUCAUCGGUCGUGAAUAUGUUGGAGUAAAUCUUGCAGAAUGGAUUCAUGCCCCCAACUCUGAUGAUUUGCUUCGAGAUUUGGCUAUCACAAUAUCCCAACGGGGCGUUGUGUUCUUCCGCAAGCAAGACGAUAUAACGAAUGAUCUUCAAAAAGAACUUCACAUUCAUCCUGUGUCCAACUCCGGUCGUGAGCACGGCGGAAAAGAUGACGAGAUAAGUGUGAUAUCAUCUGCCCAAGCCAAAAAGAUAUACGACCGAAAUUUUGAAGCCAAGAAUCGCCAAAGUGCCAAAGAAGGCUGGCAUUCCGAUAUAACGUUCGAACCCAUUCCAUCUGAUUAUGCCUUACUUCGACUGACUGAACUUCCCAAAACUGGAGGUGAUACACUUUGGGCUUCUGGAUAUGAGGUCUAUGAUCGAAUCUCGAAACCUGUACAGAAGUUUCUUGAGACAUUAACAGCUACCUAUGCGCAGCCGGAAUUUAAUAAAGCAGCAGAUAAGAAUGGCUUCAAAAUUUAUUCAGAAGAAAGAGGUGCACCUGAGAAUGUGGGAGAAAAAUUGGAAGCUGUCCAUCCAGUUGUCAGGACAAAUCCUGUUACAGGUUGGAAAUCGAUCUUUGCACUUGGUCAUCAUGUAUCUCAUAUUAACGACCUGACAACUAUCGAAAGCGAUGCUUUGCUAGCGUGGUUCUUGAGACUUGUAGUUGAUAACCAUGAUCUCCAAGUAAGACAUCGCUGGGAGAAUGUUAAUGAUUUGGCAAUUUGGGAUAAUAGAUCGAAUUAUCAUGUUGCAACUUCUGAUUACAUCAAUUUGGGACUGGGCGAGAGAGCUGGUCAAAGGGCUGUGAGUCUAGGUGAAAGACCAUAUCUUGACCCGGAAAGUACUGGAAGGAGAGAGGGGCUGGAGAAGCUUCAAAAGCCGGAAUGAAUAGAAUGAAGAUUGAUUGUUGGCGAGGAAAGAAGAAAAGGUUUAAAUUUGCGGACAAUUUUCGGAAGUUGUUGCUUUCCUGAAUUUUUUGACAUCUCGCAG